AUGGCCACCUUGGCCUCGUCACCCCCGACCUCGCCCUCAUGGCCCAAACGACGCCCACGAGCUUGGGCUCUCCGCUGCGAACGAUACUGCUGCGCAGCAGCAACCUGCUUUCCACUCGCCUUCGUCUACGGCAUCACUACAUGGGCAGUAUAUGUCGCUGUCAGCAUAGGCAUCAAGCCUUCACGGAGUGACUGGAUUGGUAUCCCUAGCACCAUUCUCGCAUUCAGCCUUUACGUUCUCCUCAACUAUUCGUAUAGUGUCGCCGUCUUCACCGAUCCAGGGUCGCCGCUAUCUACCCGCCGCGGCGCCGGUCAAGAAUACAGCGCCCUCCCUCUCUCCGAGUACCCGGAGUUCACCUCAUACACUGUUACCUCGACUGGCGAAUCCCGGUACUGCAAGAAAUGCCAGUGUCCGAAGCCGGACCGCGCGCACCACUGCUCGACGUGCAAACGAUGCGUCCUCAAGAUGGACCACCACUGUCCCUGGCUGGCAACGUGUGUCGGAUUGCAUAAUUACAAGGCUUUUUUGCUAUUUUUGAUCUAUACCUCGAUCUUCUGCUGGGUUGUCUUUGGUAUUGCAGCCAUCUGGGUCUGGACCGAGAUCCUGAACGACACUCAGUACAUGGACACCAUCCUCCCGGUGAACGUGGUUCUGCUGGCCAUCUUGGGCGGUAUAAUUGGACUGGUACUGAGCGGCUUCACAGCCUGGCAUAUCAGCUUGGCUGUGCGCGGGACUACUACCAUUGAAUGUUUGGAGAAGACCCGAUAUGUGUCUCCAUUGCGCAAAGCGCUUGACAGACGCCGGAACGAACAGGCGCCGAACUCUAAUUACUGGGGCGAGCCGGGCGAGGAGAGCUUGACCAACCGAUUACAAGGAUAUGGAAACCAGAUUAUUGAUGCCCAUGCCAAUGCCAUCCCAGGAGUUACGCGACCCGAAGAGGGCGAAGAGCGCACUUACCCCACGCCCCGCCCAUCAGGACCCCCCGAUGGUUCCAGCAACGGGCUGACGCCAGCACAGCAAGCGUUGACCCGGUCAUAUGCCGAAAUGGAGCGCCAGCGCGAGCACGAGCGGUACCAGGAAUACCAGAACGACGAAGACAACGAAAAGAUGCCCAGUGCCUUUGACCUCGGCUGGCGGCGCAACCUACUUCAUCUCUUUGGCGACCGACCGCUCUUCUGGGCUUUUCCCAUUUGCAAUACUACCGGUGACGGCUGGCACUGGGAGCCAAGUGCUCGGUUCCUAGAAGCCCGUGAGCGCAUGCGCCAAAGUCGAGAACAGCAGUCCAAUGAGGAACAGCAGUAUUAUCGCGAGCUGUAUCAGCGCAAUUUGGAUAACAGCAGUAGUUGGACGGAGGGUGCUGCUCAACCGCUUCGUGUACCAUAUCGCGGGGGCUCGCCGGAUAGGCCUCCUACUUCUGUAUCGAUGCAGACUCUUGCGCCGCGUUCGCCGCGACCGAGGCCUGGGGAUAGUGAUUAUGGGGAUGAUGUUGAAGGGAAUGGGCUGUUGGAUGCUCGUCCACAGCCUAUACGACAUGAUACUGAUGAGUGGAGGGAUUGGGAUUGA